AUGCUCUUGGAAGAUCAGUCUCUGGUCAACUUGAGGCAUUCGGAGAGAUUUAAGAUCCUCUCCAAUCUUGUCUGUUGCCGUAAAGGAUGGGCGAGCCUUGUUCCGCGCCAAGUUAUUGAUUUUGGACAGCCUCUGGGAGCCUCAACUCUUCGUAAAGCUUUUGCCAUGGUUAUUUUGGCUCGGAAAGAAGGUCUUGUCUUGAAACCAGAUGAGCCAUAUUUCGACUUUACAGACCAGAGACGGAAAUUUUCGAGCUGCUGUAUCAAGCUCAAGAAGGAGUACAUUGGCAAUUUUGGAGACGUUGGCGACUUUUCGGCUGUCGGUGCCAGAUAUGACCCAACAAAAGCGUUGAGUUACCGAAUUCCAGGGCUCAAGUGGACUCAUUUCUAUAUUGGCUGUCUGGACAACAGGCAAGAAGUCAAAAGCUGGGGCGCUACACCAGAAUUUACCAUUGUCAAUGUUGUAGAGCUGAACGAGGCUCUCCUGAGAGAAGUUGUCACUUAUUCGAACCCGGAGCCUGUUUCUCCCGACGACAAUGAGGCACUGGUUCUCAAACUGGCUCCCGGAGUUGAACGAGGGUCACCGCCGACGUUCAUAUUCACCAGGCCAUUGGUUUUUGAUUUGAAAUGCUUCAGUUUUGACCGAGUGGGAAAUACUGGCUUCUGGAGCCUCAGAUUCCCUUCGGUGACCAAAAUUCACUUUGACCGGGACUUCACUGAUACCAUAUCUUUCGAGCAGUUGCAGGCACUGGCAAAGGAGGCUACCACUGCCGGCAGACUAGAAGAUAGCCAGGAGAAUCUGCAGUGGAUUGCAAAACUCGAAGCAGCUGACCCUCGUGGUAUUGCUGUUGACGCAGUGAGCCAGUUGACAGUGACUACUAUGCCAACACCGUCACCUCGCAAAUCAACACAAAAUACCACCUCUACGCGGUCUCCAACGUCGUCUUUGGCUACCAAGUCACCAGUUGAAGCCACCCCUUGCCGCGGCCGAAGCGAAAGACUUCACAGGGCCCCAUCUUUGGAUUUGCCUUCCAUAACAGCUACGCCAUCUUUGCGAGCUGACCCAUCGUCACGCACGAAAUUGUGCACCAAACACAAACGUGGCCUGCCCUCCACUGUACCAACUUCGCAGCACAAACGCUUGAAGAGCAGCAAUGAAUCAUCGAUAAGCCAAAAAGACUCCCCACAGAUUGAUCUUGCUUCACAACCACGCGCGCCUCUAGCCGACAGGGACAACAACCCCCGACCUCCGCCCGCAAUGUCUUCUUGCGCACUAUGUUGUCCUGCCUCUCCAAGUGAGAGCUUCUUUGGAGAGUCCAGCAACUCCGAUGGGGUUAACGCUGGAGUCCUACAGUUCAUCAUCGACCCAGGCACUGGCGAGCUUCAGACAGAGACUGAACCUGAGCGCCUGAAACCGUCAAUAACCAAAGUAACGGCGGCAUUGGAAGGACAAUGUGUGUAUGCUGGCGAACACUGCAUGCUUGCAAAGGCAGUUGUACUCGUUUCUCCCGGCCUUCUCACCAUGAAAGAAGAAGCGAAAACAUUUCUCGCUCAGCAUGGUGUUGACACCCCUGUCACUGACAUCGACGCAUGGCUCAAAGCCGAGAAGGAGGCCAGACAGAAAGGGAAAACCACCACACCUUCAAAGGCGUAUGUUGUGUGCGAUAGCGACAACAAACUUGCGUUCAAGCACCUGGCGGGAAAGUUCAAGGAGCUUCGUAAGGACAAUCUUUUCAACAAAGGCACGCACAUCGAAAUUCACGACUGGCGCUUUUUGUCCUAUCUUACGACACAAGAAGACGAGUCUAUCGAAGAGAAAUACUUUCACGGGUUCUCUGACUGGCGCAUGCGUUGGAAGCUUCAUACUAUCUAA